AUGUUAGAUUCUGAUGAACUUGCCAAACCAAAAUCUCCCGAAGACUACCAAGGUCUGUAUAACCUCUGGACUCAGCUGAGCAAGGCAAAGAUCAAACUUGCUCAAGAAAUAAUAAAUUUCAUCUCUCUCAAAGAAGAAUUGGAACUGGGUCAUUCUCAAAGAUCUCAUUCUGUGAAAAGGACAGGACGUGUGUCAAAACUCACAAAGGAAGACAAUGUCCGGAUGUUGCACGCUGAACUACGAAAGAAGAAAGAAGAUGCUAACAUUGGUAAAACUUGUUUAGCUAAGAAAUACAAAAUAGUCAAGAUGUUGAGCACCUGCUCGAACUGGUUAGAUACCACUGAAAAGGAGGAUAACUCUGUGAAGAAUAAUGAUUCGGGUGGAACUGUCAGGUGCAUCCCUGUUGCUCCACAGAGACCCCUGACUCGGGAAACAUUUAAGGUCAAGUGGGAAAGAAAUCGAAUUGACAAACGGAUAUUCAAUGGAUGCUUUUACUGUGGAAAAAGUGGACACUCGUGGAAAAAAUGCUUUAAACGAAAGAAGAAAAUCCAACAACUGUGGAAUCUUAAAAAAUGUUGGAUGGAGCCGACACGAGCUGGAUACUGA